GGACCUUACAGUCAAUGCGAUGUUUCUAGGUAUCGACGGUGAGCUGUUUGACUACUACAACGGCCUAGCCCAUUUGCGCGCGCGGAACGUGACCUUCGUUGGCAGUGCAAGUACGCGCAUCCAGGAGGAUUAUCUGCGCAUUCUGAGGUUUUUCCGCUUUCACGGCCGCAUCGCUAUGAACCCGUACGUGCCCCACGACCAGGCCACGCUCGAUGCCAUUACGAACUAUGGGGAGGGACUCAGACAGAUCUCGGGUACAUACUCGUCGACGAGAAGUCUACACUGUCUUGUGGUUAUAGAUGGGUGUAUUGGUUGUGUGUGGAAUGAAUUACAGUUUG